AUGGCAACCAAACGAACUCGCGCCACUCUCGAGGCCGAACUCCAACAACAGCAAUCACCGUAUGCCUUCUAUGGAACACCGUUACCACCACUCGACGACAGCAUUCGCGAUGACGGCUCCUUUGUACCAAUAUGGAAACAAGAGGUGACAGACGAACGAGGGAGAAAGCGCCUACAUGGUGCCUUCACAGGUGGAUUCAGCGCGGGGUACUUCAACUCCGUCGGCUCCAAAGAAGGAUGGACGCCCGCAACAUUUGUCUCGUCGCGACAAAAGCGCGCUGAAAAGGCACAAGAGCAACGACCCGAGGAUUACAUGGACGAGGAUGAUCUACGGGAACAGGAAGACUCCCGGAAACUCCAGACUGCCGAUGACUUUGCGGGAUUCGGAUCGACCGAGAAGGACUUCACAAGGCGAGCAGGGCUCAUGGACAUAUUAAAAAUCGGGGGUGAAACCAAGGGAGUCCAGCUUUUGAAGAAGAUGGGAUGGCGCGAGGGACAAGGAAUAGGACCUAAAGUCCGUCGCAAGGCCAAUUUGGAGGAUAAUGGUGCAUCAGGUGGCGAUUCUGAGCAGACGUAUCUCUUCGCACCUGAAAAUCCGUCAUUGAUUGCCUUUGUGCGCAAGACGGACCGGAAAGGCCUUGGCUUUGAAGGUGAAGCGCGCCUUUCCGAUUCGAAUAGGCUCCAGAAAAACAAUGAUGACCAAGAUUCGGAUUCUUUCUUUGGCGGAAGGUUAGCCAUUCAAGGGAAAUCUCAGCCAUCUCAGCCAUCUCAGCCAUCUCAGCCAUCUCAGCCGAAAAAUGCACGCCGGGGUGGGUUCGGGGUUGGAGUACUCAAUGAUGAUGGAUCAGACGACGAGGACCCUUAUUCCUUGGGACCGCAGAUAUCAUACAACAAGACAAUCGGAGGGGACAAGAAGAAAAAGAGAAAGGGCAAAUCGGAUGAUGGAAAACCAACAAUUGCAUCAUCCAACCCUCUCCUAAAUUCCAAGCCGGUGUUUAUUUCGAAGAAACUUGCCGCUUCGAGGGGAAUCGGAGGAUUUAGAAAAUGUCGAGAUGGACGUCUACCGCUCGAUGGAUUCGUUCUUGCUGAUGGCAUGGCUGGCUUGUCGAUUUCCAGCGACAAGCGUUAUGAUCCACCGGUACUCCCUGAGGGCUGGGAAUCAGCCAAGCAGUCUUCGUCUAAAAAACGGGAUAACUCAGAUUAUACAUCAACAGCCGACACAGCCAAAGCCUCGUUACUUGACCCGACAUCCCGAGCAGCCCUUUUGGGUGAGGCUCAAUUGCCAGGAAAAUCAAUCUUCGAUUGGAUGACACCCGAGGCGAGAGAUCGGAUUGCCAAACUCACUGGGAAUCAAAAUCUGCCUCCUGCUUUGGGAGAAAAGGCACCCAAAGGGUACGAGGUUCCCGAAUCACAAAGGCGCAAAGACCUUUGGGAUCUCGUUCCUAGGCUAGAUAAGCAGACUGCAGCUCAAGCAUUGACCCGCGGUGUGAGUGGAUGGAUGCCAUAUUCAGAAGAUGAGAAGAAGCGUGCCCGCUAUCGGGUUUUCUUGGAAGUCAGUGCAGGGCUUCGUGAUACUCUCCCAGAACGGGUGGAAGGGUCCAACACAGAUGAAUGGGUCACAGAGAUGCAAGAGUUCGGCCGAGCUGCAGAAGUCUUCAAACCCAUCUCUGGAGUCAUGGCAUCCCGUUUCACCUCAGCAUCCUCCGCACCUAAGGCCGCCUCAGAUGCGCCGGACCCCUCGGAUUCUCUUCUCAGUCGACCCACCGAGAAGCCUGAUACCCCAGCAGUGGCAGCAGCCAAGAUUGGCAUGUUUGGCCAAAUGACCCGAAGCACAAUAUCAUUUUAUCCAUCCCGUCUAUUAUGCAAGCGCUUUAAUGUCAAACCUCCGGCACAUGUACAGCUUGAUCCUGGCGAACGACCCGGUGCAUCCGAGUCUCAACCAGGCCAACGGUUCCAGUCUGCCGGGUACCAGGCUGAUACUGGACCUAACACUGGACCCAAGGAGUUGAUUUCACAAGAUGUCAUGAACCAACUCCUCAUGGACUCGCUUGGUCAUAUUCCUGGUGUUACUGACCAGUCUGCGUCUACCGCUGAGCCCCCACGCCCGGCUGUUGAACCAGAACGCAACGAUGCCCUGGAGGCAGAGCGGCCUGGUGAUGCAGUAUUUAAAGCUAUCUUUGGCAGCGAUGAUGAAGAUGAAUAA